AUGGAAACAAGGGCACGGACACCAAUCAAGCGUCACGUUUCGCUUGGUGACAACGGAGUAGCCGAGAAGACGAAGGUGGAGGGAGAACGUGUGUUGUAUCUUGUACUUGACUCAGGUUUGAUAGAUGUGAAGGUAUUCAAGGAAGUGCUGCGCAAGGUAUCUACAGUAGCAUACGCUUGGCUUAUCGCGGACUACUCCAAGAAAGCAAACGUCUACUCGACGGCGUAUAUGUACUAUUGCCACCCGCACGGUCAUUAUCUUGCGAAUGGUGCUUAUAAAGAAGUCUUCAAGGUGUUUUCGUCACAAAAGUGUCGGCUAGAGGCUAUCAGCGUGAUGGAUAUUAGCGCAAUUGAAGCUGCCGAGUGUCGUUUGUCAAGAGGUGGCCCACUCGGUCCACUGCUAUCGCACGCUACUGAGCAAGGCAUGUGUCCAAAUUUCCUCCGGAUUUACGAUGUUUUUCUUGCGUACGAGCAACCCCGCUCUGAUCUUUGGGGUAGCAAAACAAAUCGCAAGCCGGCUGAGUUGUUGACAGAGACAAACCAUAACCCUGGCGCUUUCAUCUGCCAGGAGGAUCCAUUGGUAUCCUCAAGCGACGAAUGUAACCGAUUGUUCCAAUAUAUUCGGAUGGAGUUUUGUGAUGGUGGUGAUUUAGAAGAUUUUAUCGGACUACAAAGGAAUAAGACGCUACCUCUCGCAACUGUAUCCGGUGCCAUUUUUCUUUCAAAUGCUUCUCAACUUCUUUCUGAGGACAUUGGUCGUGCUGAUCUCCGCAAGGACCCAGGAUCUAAUAUCGUAUUGCAUUAUUUGCUGGAAGAUGUUUGCUUUGUUUUUCAAAUGCCCGCCUCCUUUUCGUACUGGGUAAAAUUGGCUGAUUUUGGUGCGGCUGACUCAAACCCGGAAAACUUGGGAAGUCCAGUCACAAUUGAUCAGUUCACUACCCUAGAAAAUACACCGGUCGAGUUCUUGCUAGAAGGUGACGCAGCCAAGCAGUCCUAUGCAGCAGACACAUUUUGUUUGGGCCUCUGCGUGCUACACUUGUUUACUGGAUGCGCACCAUACGAAGAGAUUUUGGAACACGUGACUUGCCCUGCGGAACUUCUGAAGGACCUCAAGUUCAUUUGGAUGAGCCCACGGAAGAAUUCAGGAUUUUCUGUGAUUAAAAGCGUGGCGCGCGGUGAUGAUGAAAAUACGCUCUGCCACAGUCUCUAUCGAUUUGUUGUGCUCUUUGGGCUACCGAUGCAAAACCCAAACGAAAGAAAUGGAAUUGACAAGGUAUGGCAACUGUUGCUGAAACAUUUACGACCAGAUGAUCCAGCGCUUAGUCAUCCCCAGCGACGACCCAGACGAACGAGAGGCGCGGGUGUGGCUGAACGACACGCUAAAUCGACGAAGAGUUAA